UCCUGUCAGCAGCAGAGGAUCUGUGCGGCGGUCUGCAGCCACAGCUCCCAGCAGCGGAUGAUGGUGACAGAUGGAGGUUGUUGGUGAUUUGGAUUAUUUUCGUUCUUCCUCAGCGGCGGACACACACCGAGCUGCAGCCGGAGGUGGAAGGAUGUGGAGGGAAGACCCCGGACGCGUCCUGGUAUCCAUGGAGACGAGCGGGAUCUGAGGUGGUCGACGAGCCUCGGGGAUCCGGUCCGGCUGCAGGAUGGACCAGGCCGGCUCUUCCUUCAGGAGAUGAGUUCUGAGUUCUGCUUUUCCUGAUCCGACUUCGCUCUGAACUGUUGGACCGUCACAGCAGCGCUCCGGGUCCCGGGCCACCAUGAGGCUCCGCAGGGAAUCCGGGGAUUAGGUGGCGCUGCAGACAGUGCGCCCUCUGCAGGAUGAAAGAGGAGCUGCAGACUUUGUUUCGGCAGAUGAUCGGGUUCCCUGACUCGGGGCGGAUUGAUCCUCUGGCCCGUCCAGUACGGCUGCUGGAAGCUAAAGUUCUGGAUGGAGAUAAGUGAGCGGAUACGGGUUUACUGAGCGACAGGAACAGAACCGAACCGCUGAGGACCGAGCUGUGAGAUCUGCUGGGCAGGGAAUGCUCCUCCGCUCCACACUACGCCCCGACUGGAGCGCACAGGGCGGGCAUCCAUCUUGAUUUUCACAUCAGAACUCAAAGAGGGACCAGUCCUCUCCCCCCCACUCACCUCAGGUGGGGGGGAGGGUGAAGUACUUCCUGUCUGAAGGUGUAGGCCUCAGGGCCUCAGGGUGUAGUUUAGCUUGUAGAGUAGGCUUUCAUUCCUGGACCAAACCGGACCAGCCAGAACCGCCGCUGUAAUCUGAGGUCAUGGAUGCCAGUCAGGGUCCGGGUUCUGGCAGUCCGGAAAGCCCCAACCGGGCCGUGGAGUACCUGCUGGAGCUCAACAACAUCAUCGAGAGCCAGCAGAAGCUUCUGGAAACCCAGCGGCACCGAAUCGAGGAACUGGAGGUCCAACUGGACCGUCUGAGCCAGGAGAACAAAGACCUGCGUUUGGAUCGGCAACCCGUCGCUCCGCCUCCGCCCGCUCCUCCUCCUGAGCCUCCGCUCCCGCCUCCUCCCCCUCCGCCGCCUUCGGCCCUCGCCACGGCAACCAAGAACCAUCACCACCACAACAGCCAGGCUCCGCCUCCACCUCCCACCUCCAUCCCACUCCACCACAGCCACCAGUCCCACCAUCACGCCUACAACAGCGCCGCCGCCGCUCCCAUUUUGCCUCCGGCCUCCUCCAACCCAACCUCCAUUUCUGUACCGACCCAGAUCCCGGGUCCAGCCUCGCCCACCAGCCCGGCGCCGCCGCCGCCUCCCAUCCCGCCCAGGGACCAGCCGCGGGCCCACAGCCGGCUGACCCGGGUCCCCUCCACCAGCACCGGGACCAACACCAACUUCGUGGAGAAGGAGAAGGAGCGUCUGGAACGUCUGCACCGAGCCAACGCCGCCAACAACCACCACGCCCACACCCUGCACCACCAGAAACCCGUGGAGGGCGACCCUCAGUGUCCGGAGGUCCUCGCCUUCUCAGACUCGUCCUUUGGGCAUCCUCCUCCCUUCCAUCGCUAUAGCAACAGCCCCCUCUCCAGCCCCUGCGACCCCUACGGCCCCGCCUCCGGCACCGGCCCCCUGGGAGCCUCUCACUCGCAGACACAGGGCAGCUCCCCCAUCUCUCCCCCCAGCCCCGCAAGCCUCGCCUGGGCUCAGCGCAGCAGACAUCAGCCGGCCAGCCUGGCGCUCCGCAAGCAAGAGGAGGAGGAGAGCAAACGCUGCAAGGCGCUAUCUGACAGCUAUGAGCUCUCUACGGACCUCCAGGACAAGAAGGUGGAGAUGUUGGAGAGGAAGUACGGGGGCCAGUUUGUGUCCCGGCGGGCGGCGAGGACGAUCCAGGCGGCGUUCAGGCGGUACCGCAUGAACAAGAAGUUUGAGAGGCUCCGCAGCUCAGCGUCAGAGAGCAGGAUGACCCGCCGCAUCAUCCUGUCCAACAUGAGGCUGCAGUACUCGUUCGAUGAGCGGCAGCCACAAGGUCAGGGGUCGCCGGGCCAGCAGGGUUCAGAGGACGCUGGAGACGUAGACGACUCUUUCUCCAAACAGGUGAAGUCUCUGGCUGACUCCAUGGACGACUCGCUCACCUGCCAGUCCGGCCGCGAAGACUCCCAAGAUGUCGGCGGAGAAGGAGAGGAGGACGAGGAUGAGGAGGAGGGAGACGAGGACGAGGAAGAGGAGGAGGAGGAAGACGAGGAAGAGGAUGAGGAGGUGGAAUACAGGCAGUGCGGAUGGCGCAACACGAACACGGCGCCGCGGCGCGCGCCCGGCCGGACGGAGGGAGGCCGGGGGGGCGUGGCCAUGCACGAGGACAGCACCGCCACCUCCUUCAGUGACGUCACGCUCUACAUGGACGAAGGCUGCCUCCCGUCCUCGCCGCUGUCCCGUCCCGCCUCCAGCUCCGACACCGACUACUGGGUCGGGGGCCCAGGGGGGAGGGAAGACAGCAGGGAGACGGAGGGAGGAAGCAGCACCAGCCGGAGGAGCAGCACCCCCUGCACAGAGUGCCGAGGAGAGUACCGAGGAAGAGGAGGAGGAGGAGGAGCAGGAGGAGGAGGAGGAGGAGGAGGAGGAGGAGGAGGAGGAGGAGGAGGAGGACACCUUCCUGUCCUCACCAUCGAACCGCCCAGCGACAGUUCAGUGGACAUGAGCGACAGAUCGGAGCGAGGGUCUAUCGGACGUCUGGUGUACGAGCAGGAGUCCUCUGGAGGGGAGCGAGGAGGAGAGAGGGGCAGAGGAGGAGGUGAAGGUGAAAGUGGAGAAGACGAGCUUGGAGCAGGAAGCAGCGAAGCCGAAUCUCCACAAGGAACCAUCAAACACAAGCCAAACGGCCGCUCGGUCGCCAUGGCGCAGGGACAGACGCGCAGCCCCGCUAACGUCCCCCUGCCGAUACCGUCGGCCCGGACGCUGCCCCACCCGCUCCAACACCCCCACCCGCCCCACCCCUCUGCCAUCCCCCACCUUCCCACCAUCCUCCACCACCACCCGCAGUACAGCCAGCACGUCAUGCACAUGCACCACGCCCACGCCGGCGGCCCCUACAUGCAGCAUCCGCACCACUUCGCCCAGCACCACUACCACCAUCUGCACCACCAGCACCACCACCUCCCACACUCGUACCCAGAACCCCCUGCGUCUCCGUUGCCCUCCCCGGUUCCACCUCUCACACCUUUGUCCCCGCUGCCACCGCCUCUCACGCCCUCGCCGAUGUCGUCCUCCUCAGUGCUGCAGAACCUGGAGGGGCAGCAGCACCUCGCCCACCACCCACUCCUCCACCACCACCACCACCUCCUCUGCUCAGACGGAGACAACGAGAGCGUCAACUCCACCACCACCAACUCCAACGACGACACCACCGUCAACAACUGCAGCUCCGGCUCGUCGUCCAGGGACAGCCUGCGGGAGCCGAUGGGCGGCGCCUCGCUGGGGAAGCAGACCUACCAGAGGGAGAGCCGCCACAGCUGGGACUCCCCCGCCUUCAACAACGACGUGGUGCAGCGGCGGCAGUACCGCAUCGGCCUCAACCUCUUCAACAAGAAGCCGGAGAAGGGGAUCCAGUACCUGAUUGAGAAGGGCUUCGUGUCGGACACUCCGGUCGGCAUCGCCAGGUUCAUCCUGGAGCGGAAAGGACUGAGCAGGCAGAUGAUCGGAGAGUUCCUGGGCAGCCGGCAGCAGUUCAACAAAGACGUCCUCGACUGCGUCCUGGAUGAGAUGGACUUCUCUGGGAUGGAUCUGGACGAAGCCCUGAGGAAGUUCCAGGCGCAGAUCAAGGUUCAGGGUGAAGCUCAGCGGGUGGAGCGGCUGGUGGAGGCCUUCAGUCAGAGAUACUGCGUCUGCAACCCGGUGCUGAUCCGGCAGUUCCAGAACCCAGACACCAUCUUCAUCCUGGCCUUUGCCAUCAUCCUCCUCAACACGGACAUGUACAGCCCCAACGUGAAGCCAGAGAGGAAGAUGAAGCUGGAGGACUUCAUCAAGAACCUGAGGGGCGUGGAUAACGGCCAGGACAUCCCCAGAGACCUGCUGGUGGCCAUCUAUGGCCGCAUCCAGAAGUGGGAGCUGAGGACCAACGACGACCACGUGUCGCAGGUCCAGGCGGUGGAGCGCAUGGUGAUCGGCAAGAAACCGGUUCUGUCGCUGCCGCACCGCAGGUUGGUGUGCUGCUGCCAGCUGUUCGAGGUUCCCGAUCCAAACCGGGCCCAGAGGAGUGGCGUCCAUCAGAGAGAAGUCUUCCUGUUCAACGACCUGCUCAUGGUAACGAAGAUCUACCAGAAGAAGAAGACGUCGGUGAUGUACAGCUUCAGGCAGUCGUUUCCUCUGCUCGACAUGCAGGUCCACACCUUCCAGAACACCUAUUACCCUCAUGGCAUCCGGCUGACAUCGGCGAACCCCGGAGGAGAGAGGAAGGUGUUGAUCAUCUUCACGGCGCCCAGCCAGCAGGACCGCGCGCGCUUCACCUCCGACCUGCGAGAGAGCGUCGCCGAGGUCCAGGAGAUGGAGAAGUACCGGGUGGAGUCCGAGCUCGAGAAGCAGAAAGGCAUGAUGCGUCCCGGCAUGUUGGCGGGUUCUGGCGGGAUGGGGACGUCGGGGAGCGGGACCAGUUCGACCGGGGGGCCCAUGAAGGGUGAGGUGGUGAACGGCACCCUGGGGAGGCCGAGCCUCGACGACACGUACGCCUCCGUGGACGGACUGAAACGCACGGCGCUCAGCUCCUCGCUCAGAGAUCUGUCAGAGACGGGGAAGCGAGGUCGGAGGAACAGUGUGGGCUCAUUGGACAGUACCAUAGAAGGUUCCAUUAUUAGCAGCCCGCGGCCUCACCAGCAGCGCCCCCUGCAGGGCGCCAGUCUGUCCUACAGCCCCAUGAUGGUGCCCUCGUCCCCAGCAGCCUACCGGCCGCACCGCCCUACUCAGAGCCCCGGUACGGGGGUGGGGGGUGGGCCGGGGCUCUGUCACAACCGGGGGGGCGUCACCACGUCUCCUCUCGCGAGCGGGGGCGGGGCUGGGCCCGGCGGCGCGAUGGCGGCGGGCGGCGGCCAGAUCCCCGGAGGCCGAAUGGGGAACUUCUUCGGCAGUCGAAGAGGCAAAGUUCCUGGUCCCCUGACGAUGAUGUCACCGCCUCCUCAGGGUCCACCGAGUCCUCUGAUGAUUUCGUCCCCCCCCCACUACCCCGCCCCCGCGCCGCCCAUCGCCCUCCCAUCCUCCCCUUCCCCAUGCCCCUCCCCUUCGCCCAACCUCGGCCCGUCGGACUCGGCCGGACCUGGAGGGGGCGGCGGCCCGGGAGGGGGGCCGUCCAAGCUCCAGGCGUUGCACGCCCAGUAUUGCCACGGCAACAGUGGAGGAGGCGGAGUCAGUGGGCACCCGCCGCAGCAGACGCCGCCGCCGCCCUACCAUCACCACCACCGCUACCACAUGCAGAACGUGCCGCAGCAACGCGUGCAGCCUGGCGAGCACAACCAAGGCUCCGCCCACCCGCGCUACAACAUGAUGUCCGGCUUCACCACGCCACCGCCGCUGUCGCCCCACUCCCCCGUCACGCCCACUACGCCGCACGGACACUACCACCGGCCGGGGGGCGGAGCCAAGCUGCCCCUCACCAUCUCGCACUCCCAGCCCCACCCGCACGCUCACACACACACACACAACCACACCGUGCACACACACUCCCCGCUCAGCCCCUCCCCCUCCGCAACAGGCUCCACCCACUUCAUCUUCUCCACUCCGCCGCCCCAGACCCCCUCGGCGCGCCUCGUCACCCAGACGCCGCCGCAGCCCUACGCCCCCCAGUACCCUCCGCUGUCGUCCAUCCCGCCCCCCCCUCCCCACUCCCCGCUGCCUCCCCCGUCGGGCGCCCCGCUCUCCCCUCUCCCCCCGGGGGUGGGGCAAGGGGGCGGCCCCAAAGCGAAGCCCGUCAGCCGCAUCAGCACGGUCGUGUGA